AUGUUAAACAAGAUAAUUCUACUGUUGAUGCUUCAGAUAAGUCUCCUAGGAAUCUCUCUUGGUGGGAAUGUUCUGAUUUGGCCAAUGGAAGGUAGUCAUUGGCUAAAUGUUAAGAUAAUUAUAGAUGAGCUGAUUAAAAAAGAGCACAAUGUGACUGUCCUAGUUGCCUCUGGUGCACUUUUCAUCACACCGACCGCUAACUCAUCUCUGACAUUUGAAAUAUACAAGGUGCCUUUUGGCAAAGAAAAAAUUGAAGGAGUAAUUAAAGACUUUGUUUUGACAUGGAUGGAGUAUAGACCAUCUCCUUCAACUAUUUGGAGAUUCUAUCACGAAAUAGCCAAAGUUAUCAAUGACUUCCACAUGGUAUCCAGAGAAAUCUGUGAUGGCGUUCUCCAAAAUUCACAACUGAUGGAAAAGCUGAAGAAAAGCAAAUUUGAGGUUCUAGUGUCAGAUCCAGUGUUUCCUUGUGGAGAUAUAGUAGCGUUAAAAUUAGGAAUUCCAUUUAUAUAUUCCUUGAGGUUUUCUCCCGCCUCAACAGUGGAAAAGCACUGUGGGAAGGUACCAUACCCUCCUUCCUAUGUUCCUGCUAUUUUAUCAGAACUCACCGACCAGAUGUCUUUCACUGACAGAAUAAGAAAUUUCAUCUCUUACCAUCUACAGGACCACAUGUUUAAUACUCUUUGGAAAUCUUGGGAUUCCUAUUAUAGUAAAGCUUUAGAUGGUAGCCAUUGGUUAAAUAUUAAAAUCAUUCUGGAAGAGUUAAUUCAAAGAAAUCACAACGUGACUGUACUGGCUUCAUCAACAACUCUAUUCAUCAAAUCAAAUCUGAAUUUUCCUGUGAAUUUUGAGGUGAUACCCGUUUCCUUCAAUAAAAAAAAUAUAGAUGACUUGAUUGAACAUAUGAUAGCACUGUGGAUAAACCAUAGACCAACUCCUCUUACACUCUGGACAUUCUACAAAGAACUAGGAAAACUCCUAGAUACUUUUUUCCGAAUUAAUAUACAAAUAUGUGAUGGAGUAUUAAACAACCCCAAGUUAAUGGCAAAACUUCAGAGAGGUGAUUUUGAUGUGUUAGUAGCAGACCCAGUAACAAUCUGUGGGGACCUGGUGGCUCUGAAAUUAGGAAUUCCAUUUAUAUAUACAUUGAGGUUCUCUCCAGCCUCAACAGUGGAAAGACACUGUGGGAAAAUCCCAGCACCUGUCUCCUAUGUACCUGCAGCCUUAUCAGAACUCACUGACCAGAUGACCUUUGGUGAAAGGGUUAAAAAUACCCUAUCUUAUCAUCUGCAAGACUAUAUUUUUCAGUCCUACUGGGGAGAAUGGAAUUCGUACUACAGCAAAGUUCUAGGAAGACCUACUACGUUGUGUGAGACAAUGGGGAAAGCAGAAAUUUGGCUAAUGCGAACAUACUGGGAUUUUGAAUUUCCUCGUCCAUAUUUACCUAAUUUUGAGUUUGUAGGAGGAUUGCAUUGUAAACCUGCAAAACCAUUACCUAAGGAAAUGGAAGAAUUUGCACAAAGUUCAGGUGAAGAUGGCAUUGUGGUGUUUUCUCUGGGAUCAAUGGUCAAAAACCUCACAGAAGAAAAAGCCAAUCUUAUUGCUUCUGCCCUUGCCCAGAUUCCACAGAAGAUUUUAUGGAGAUACAAAGGAAAGAAACCUGCCACAUUAGGAGCCAAUACUCGGCUCUAUGAUUGGAUACCCCAGAAUGAUCUUCUUGGUCAUCCCAAAGCAAAAGCUUUCAUCACUCAUGGUGGCACUAAUGGCAUCUAUGAAGCUAUUUAUCAUGGAGUUCCUAUGGUGGGAGUUCCCAUGUUUGCUGAUCAGCCCGAUAAUAUUGCUCAUAUGAAAGCCAAAGGAGCUGCAGUGGAGGUGAACAUAAACACAAUGACAAGUGCAGAUUUGCUCAAUGCCUUGAGUACAGUUAUCAAUGUACCUUCUUAUAAAGAGAAUGCAAUGAGGUUAUCAAGAAUACAGCACGAUCAGCCAAUGAAGCCUCUGGAUCGAGCUGUCUUCUGGAUUGAGUUUGUCAUGCGUAAUAAGGGAGCCAAGCACCUGCGGCCAGCCUCCCAUAACCUCAACUGGGUCCAGUACCACUCUUUGGAUGUGAUUGGUUUCCUGCUGGCCUGUGUGGCAACUGCUAUAUUCUUGGUCACAAAAUGUUGCUUAUUUACUUAUCAGAAAUUUGGCAAAACAGGAAAGAAGAAAAAGAGGGAGUAG